CUUUCAUUACCAACGAAAUAAAACAAUAAGAAAAUGAUAAUUAUAUCUUUAACAUUAGAUGCAAAAGAUAAUAGAUAUUCGUUGACAAAUUUAGGAUAUUUCCCGAACUGUAUACAACUGACAUUAUAAUAGUAUAAAUAAAGCUACUGCAUUUGAGGGCAUUGUUCAUUACGCUAAUCAAUGCACAAUAGAUGUAAGUAAUUUUUAUUUUUGUCUUAAUAAAACUAAUGCGAUCGCACAUUUAUAACCAAUGAUACAUUGCGUACGACCGGAAACAAGUUGAUUAGUUAUCGUGUUGUUGUUGUUAAUAGCGAGCCUGGAAAACCGAUAUAAUAAUUGCAUUGUACAUUUCGUGCUUCUAUUAGAAAGUUUAACAAACAGUUUGAAAAGUUCUCGGCGACAUGUGUGCUGCGUUCGACAAACAACUGUACAAAUGUGGGAUUGAAUUUCUGGGAUUGGACUACGUGAAGCGAAUCUGCAGCUACCGUGGGGUUGGCGAUGAGUUCGCCAGGCACGUGAGGAAGGUCCACGUCGACAGUUGGUUCACGUUGAACGAUGGUCAGAUCACGUUCCAAUGGAAACUCCCGUACGUUGGAAACCGAAUGAACAUAUGCGUCCUACAUUCGGAUAACAAGGACUACCUCUACAAAGUCCAUUAUCAGAAGGAAUCGCAAAGUCUUCGUCACAUCGUGGUUUGUUUGGAUGACAUCGAAGAGGAGCAGCAGCAGAUCGACGAAGUCACGAAUGUUAAUGGAGGCAAACACAUCGGGAUCUGUCGAAUAGUGAAGGCCUGCGAUAAAAGCAGACAUCUUCAGUGGAAGAUUAAUUUAUCGCAAGAGUUGAGAAUGAAAUGAUUAUAUGAAUAUUACGAAAUAUUAUUAUGUUGUUAAGUGAAAAAAAAAAUUUGAUAUAUUUAUGAUAAUUAGGUUAUGUUACAAUUUAUUUAUUUCCUAGUAAAAACGAUGCAACGAU